CAUUAAUAACAUCUCGUCCGAGGUUUUACAUUGGAUGUAGAUAAGUCAAAAGAAUGAAGGAUGAUGAACUAGAACCAAAAAAAAAUAACUCAGCAUCAGGAUCAGCUUCACCAUUGAGAAGGAUGUGAUGUUGUUGAUCGUCCAAACUCAUACUCGUCACGCCAGCAAGCUUAUGAACUACUUCCAAGUAGAGGACACAGUAUCGGCACUCGUCGAGUUCGUAGUUGUAAUUCAAAUGAUUUCCAUCAUUCACUACAUUCAACAUCUCAUCAUGCAUUUUCUUCUUCGCCCCGGCUGGUCACCGGGAGCUCCGGGUGAGCUAAACACCGCGCAAAACGUCGAAAGAUGACCAGCGCAACUUCCUCGCAGAGUGUAGAGGGGCAACGAAAAGGCAAAGCGCGAUGCGCAUACCCAUCGAGAGAUGGCCAGCGCAAUUCCUCUGACGAAAGCGCGCGCCUGGCUUGCUGCGCAAGCUCUCCCCUGUGCCGUGCGUGUCUGGUGGGGUGUGUCUUUGCUUUUUCGUCUCCGCCUGCUCUGGUUGUGUGUGCGUAGGAUAGUCCGCGCCCCUGCGGGGUGUCGAGGUGUACCACCGCCCUGGUGGCGGGUGCUUCUGUGUGCGGUUUGGCUAAUCUAAACGAGCGCGCGUGGCUAUCAUCUGGCGAAGGUUUUCGGCGGUGGUUCUGGGCUUUCUGCUCGACGCUGUUCCCGGUGCUUUCCCUCAGUGGCUGCAGAAUGCGCGCAGGCAUAGCGAGCGCAACCCGUCAACGAGAAGAAUCCGCAGAGGAUAGGUCUCGUGGGUUCUCUCUUGGAACUACUAACUCCUUAAAAAAACAACGAAGGCGCAGCUUCAGUCGCUUGUUCUUAGAGCAGUUAGCCACCGCACUGCCCGACCUUCGCCCGCCGGAUUUUCCCCCCGCGCGCCAUCCGUCGGCGCAGGUGGCGCCUUGUUUCCCUUUCGUUGGGUCUUUUCGCGUUUGGUCGCGUGUGCUGGUCGGUGCGGGCUUCACCACAGACACCAGCGAGGUCAAUCUUUUGGCUUGUUUACGCUGCUCCGCGUGAGUGGCUGGGUGUGUGACUGAACAGAUCUGCGCCACAGGCUUGGUGCGCGUGUCCGCAUGCAGUGGCUUUUGGCUUCGUUCCUCGACGGGCUCGAGGUUCCGCGUAUUUUCUUCGUCUGUUUCUGAUUGUCGUGUGCAGGUGCGCCCACGGGGUGGGAGUCGCUGCGCCUGCGUUGCUGCUUUCUACUUUUAUUUUCGAACUCAGUGCCAGCGCAUUGCGUAAGGCUCCUCCUCGGCAGGGAGUUCGGACCACCACGCCGCAACCAACCCAGACUUCUACUCUUUGACUGUGCACCAGCACAGUCACAGGGCGCGAGAGAGCUGCGGCUGGCGUGGCCGUUCUCUUUCCAAACUGCUGAGCUUUGGCUCUAGCGCGCCUUGGAGACGCUUGAGACCUUGAGGUAGUCUGUUAGGCUGGUCCUCCGUUUCCCGCGGAGUACUGUAGUGCACAGCCCGCCCAACCGCGGGCCAACGUCGCCCCUGGAUAAUAAUAAUUUUCUUCUUCAUGAUAAACAAUAAAAUGAUUUGAGAAUAUCGCGCAUGGUCAUUUGGUUUUGGAACACAUAGAAAUUAGCUUUUAUUAGGAGUUAUUUAACAUACGUUACUUGGUAGUAUUUGGUGCAGUAUUGCAAUUACAUAAAAAGGCUUUUGACAUUGACAGUCCGUUGUAGAUAGGCUUUGAAGAUGACGAAGAACAUGUCAUUGCCUGAAAAAAUUUCAGCAUCAUUUCAAUGAUCAAAGCGAAUCCAUAAUUGCACUAUGUACUCUCGACAUGUAUAUAAGUAAUUGCAAGAUGUUGAAGAAGAUAAAGACUCA